AUGCGAAGCUACACAACUACUAUUUUUUUGGCAUCAUUUUUUUGGCCCAUUUUUUUGCUUAAUUAUUUUUGAUCGUUUUUUGGUCUAUUUGAUUGGGAAAUAAUUCCAUAUUGACUUCUCAAGGUGAUUUUUAUCAAUUUAGUCAAUUGUUUUUGGCACCGUAUCUUCACACGACGACUAUUUCAUAACGACUAUUUUUUUUUGGCCUAUUUUUUUUGGCCUAUUUUUUUUUCACCUAUUUUUUUUUGGCCUUUUUUUUUGACAAUUUUUUAG